CUUCCCCACUCAACGCUUUCCCUAGCCCGUAGUCAUCUCCUAGACCCUCGCCUCUGCCAUGGCACCUCCCGGAGUUGUCUUCCUACUCAAGUCCGUCCCACCCCUCAUCUACCCCUCCGUCUUUGCCUACGGCUGCCUGCGCGCCAUCGAGCUCCUUCGCGACAUCCAGCUACCCGUCCAUGUCAUCGCCAUUGCCGUCCUCCUCGUCAACCUACUGCUAUCGCUCGGCCAGCGGGUCUGGGCGCAGAGCAGGAACCGGCGCAAGGCUGCCGCGAUGGGCGCCGUCAUAGCACCCGCCGUUCACAGCAGGCUUCCCUUCGGCAUAAGCCAUAUGCUGAACAGUCGCAGGACGGUCGGGAAGGCGAUGUUUACUGAUCUUAUGGGCAACUGGGCGAAGGAGACGAACUCGAAUGUCUUCCGCGUCGAGAUCUUGGGCGAUGCGAGGAUAAUUACGCUCGAGCCUGAACAUGUGAAGGCUAUCCUGGCCACUCAAUUCGAGGAGUUCGAGAAAGGUCACGUUCAACGCCAACUUGGCCGAUCCCUCCUCGGUCAAGGCGUCUUCAACUCUGAUGGCGACAUGUGGAAAUUCCAUCGCACCAUAACCCGCCCCUUCUUCUCCAAGGACCGGAUCGCGCACUUCGACAUCUUUGACCGGCACGCCGAGGGCAUCCUCAGCCAGGCUAAGACGCGCCUCGCCCAGGGCUUCCCCAUCGACUUCCAGGACAUGGUCGCGCGCUUCACACUCGAUUCCGCUACCGAGUUCCUCUUCGGGCACGACGUCGACUCCGCGGGCGCGGGAUUACCGUACCCUCCAGGCUCGCCCUUAGCCUUCGCAGGCCUGCGGGACCACCCGUCGGAUCGGUUCGUCGACGCCUUCACGGAGGGGCAGAAUCUGAUGGCGCUGCGCACGCGGACGAGUGGAACCGCGUGGCCGCUGUUUGAGUUCUGGCAGGACCGGGUGGCGGCGAAGCGGCGCGUAGUGGACGAGUUCGUGAACAGUAUACUGGACGAGUCUGCGUUUGUCGGCGCGGGGCAGGAUGUGGAGGCCAAAGUGGGCGCGGCGGGAAAGCCGGGUGAGGAAGAUACAUUACUGCAUCAUCUAUUGAACUAUACGCAAGUCAGGCAGGUCUUGACGGACGAAGUUGUCAACCUUUUGGUUGCUGGACGGGACACGACCUCCGGCACCCUAACAUACGGCAUCUACAAGCUGGCCGAGCACCCAGACAUAGCGGACAGGCUGCGCGCUGAGGUUCUUGACAAAGUAGGGCCGACGCGCCGCCCCACGUACGAGGAUAUCCGCGACAUGCAGUACAUGCGCGCCUUUCUGAACGAGGUUCUCCGUCUGUACCCCAUUGUUCCGCUCAACAGUAGGACCUCUAACAGGGACACCCUUCUUCCCUACAAGGACAGCAGCAGGGCUCCUAUCUUCGUGCCCAAAGGGACUCGCUGCGCGUACAGCGUCUACCUCAUGCAUCGGCGCACCGACCUCUGGGGUCCUGAUGCCGGCAAGUUCGACCCCGACCGCUUCCUCGACGCGCGCCUCGGCAAGUACCUCACGCACAACCCGUACAUCUUUCUCCCCUUCAACGCCGGCCCGCGCAUCUGCCUCGGGCAGCAAUUCGCGUACAACGAGAUGUCCUUCUUCCUCGUCCGUCUCCUGCAGAGCUUCUCGUCCUUCACCCUCGCCGACGACGUGCAGUCGGCGGAGUCGAUCGCGCACUUCCGUACGGCAGACGCGCCGGACGCGGAGGUCGAGACGAGGAUGUUUGGGGCGCAUCUGACAAUGUAUCUGAAGGGUGGUCUCUGGGUACGCAUGUCGGAGGAUCCGGCGUCAAAGAAUCUGUAGACCAUGACAACGACCCGUCCGUCGCGAUAUGGACCUCAUAUCUCGCAUGAAUUCAAGACGAUGAGAUAUUUGUACCUAUUCGAUUUCCAAUGACUGAAGACAACGAGAGAAACCCUGCCCUUGGGCACGGAUUGACAACGCUCCAACGGCCAAGCGAAAAAAUCACCCUUCACGAAUUGGCUUGCUCUCGAAGCUGUUGCGCCAGCUCUUCCAUCGAUAUCGACGUGGAUGAGUCGCUGGUACUCUUGAGACGCGCUUCAGCGGCCCCUUGAUAUUUCUCGA